UUGUGCUCCGUGUCAUUGGAGCUCGGCAUAUCUUGACUUCCAUUUCAUAUUAGAAGUAACAACAACCUUAGAACCAUUCAACCUUCAAUUCAACAAAGGGAGAGAAAAGCACAAGAAAUUCUUUUAUUUAUUUUUCUAUUUUCGUACAUAACACAUUUCGCAAGCACAAUAUUCAGUCAUUCAUUAUAAUAGUCAACAUACUAGAGGGGUAGACAGAAACCUGGGUUGUACGAAGAGAGAGAAUGCUUGGGCCAUCAAAACAAUUUAGGUGACCAUGACUACUUCUACGGAUUCAAAUCAUCCAUUUAUCGAGACGUUAGGACUUACUAGUGAUGAAUUUACGAGGGAGCAGGCAUUUGUGACGGAUGGAACUUUGACGGUAGGGAGAAACGCUUCCUUGACCUUGGGAACGGAUUCUCUAAUUGUGCUAGGUGAGUUCUAGAUUAUGAAUUCCGGGAGAAUUGGAGGAACUCUGCUGAUGGAAGAACAGAUGAGGCUUUUGAGAAGGGAACCGCAACUUGUUGUGGACUUUGGCCUUUUGGUUCGAGUGAGUCUAGCUCAUUGUAUCCUUCCGACUUACUCCAUAUUGAUACACCAUAUAGGUUCUGCGAAUACGAGACCAAUUCCUUUUUACAACGUCCUCUCAGCCGAGAUAUCAGAUACGAACGAGCUUUCCAUUCGAUACGCGACGCCUACUUCGAAGAAAAGGGUACAACCCACAGCGCUAAAUUUUGCGGUGGAAUCACAUUCUAAAGAAGAAGUAGAGAAAUGGAUAGCCAAAUUAUUAGAUCGAUCAUAUGGCGAAUCGCAACAAGGGAAACGGGCGAAAGUCUUGGUGAAUCCUCAUAGUGGCAAGGGAAAGGCGCAAAAGUACUAUGACCGCGACGUAGAACCACUUCUGAAGGCAGCACGCUGUAGUAUCGACGUGGUGAAGACGAAAUUUCAAGGGGAGGCGGUUACGAUAGUCGAAGAUAUGGAUAUUGAAGCGUAUGAUAUGGUUGUCUGCUGCUCUGGGGAUGGAUUGGCGCAUGAGGUUUUCAAUGGCCUCGGGAAAAGACAGGAUGCGAAAAGGGCUCUAUCGAAAAUCGCGGUGACGCAUGUACCAUGUGGAAGUGGAAAUGCUAUGAGCAUGAAUCUAAGUGGGACAGAUAGUGCGAGUAUGGCUACGUUGGCCAUUAUCAAAGGAAUUCCCACGCCUCUAGAUCUCAUAUCGAUUACUCAAGGAGAGACACGAACGUUUAGUUUUUUAUCCCAGUCUGUAGGAAUUGUGGCCGAGGCGGAUUUAGCUACGGAAAAUAUGCGUUGGAUGGGAUCUACACGAUUUACCUAUGGAUUUCUGGAGAGAAUUAUUGGACAGGCACUUUAUCCUUGUGAUAUUGCCGUCAAGGUUGCGAUAGAAGAUAAACCCAGCAUAAGAGAACAUUAUAGAAAGGAGAUGAGCAAUCACGAACCAGCAAGCGAGAGAAGAGGAUACAAGUACCUUUUAGAUGAUGAUGCUUCGGCUAGUAGCGGGAUGGAUGAUGGAUUACCUCCGUUAAGAUAUGGUACUGUGAACGAUAAAUUGCCGGAUGGUUGGGAAAUGGUUCCAUAUGACAAACUGGGGAACUUCUAUUGUGGGAAUGUAAGUUUUGGUUUCCUCUGUUUGCAUCCUUAUAUCAGAUGCCGCGCCGGCGCAUAGACGUCGAAAUGUCAACAUUGCUCAAAAUCAAAAUACUAACCAAAAGAAGAUGGCAUACAUGGCCUCAGACGCCAGUUUCUUCUCGGCUGCUCUUCCAAACGACGGAUACAUGGAUCUGAUCUGUAUCAAUGGCGACAUAAGUCGUCUUUCAGCCAUCAAGAUGAUGUUGUCAGUGGAAUCGGGAAAAUUAUUCGAUAUACCUAAUGUAUGGUACCGCAAAAUCCUCGGGUACCGAAUCAUUCCGAAGCAGAAGGGCGAUGGGUAUAUAAGUAUCGAUGGGGAGAGGGUUCCUUUUCAACCGUUUCAAGCGGAGGUACACAAGGGAUUGGGUACGGUACUCUCGAAAACGGGUCACAUGUAUGAGUGGCGUGGUCCUGUUUGAAUUUUUGGUUCGGGAAUGGAGCUUUUUCAUGUCUGCAUAUUUCAUCGUGCACGUUACUUUGGGCCUGACUAGGCUUUAAAGUAUGAAUGCCACAGUUAUAUGCAAGCCUUUGGGACUGCAAGGGGCUCGUCAAGAAGGGAUUUGGCGAGGCGUUUAGGUUUCUUGUGCAUUAUGGUUCUUCAAAGCCGACCUAAAAUGAUACCCAAAGAUGGUUUGGUUCGCAUCAGCGGCUUGGUUGAUAUAUUUGUCAAAAUUAGAGAUCUUUUUAUUCUGCUA